AUGCCUCAUAGCUGAUUAUAACCUCUGAAGGCUGGACCAGACAGAUAGAAGGGUAAACUGAUACUGGAGACUGACAGUGCCAGUGCUGUUUGGAGCACACAUUGUGGGCUCAGGGAUUUCUUGUAUUGGAUUUUGAAGACCAAAAUCACCAGAUGAAGAUGUAUAAUGGGGUAGUGCUUCUGUUACUAUUUUUAGGUUAUGUUUCAACCCAUGAAAAUUCAACAAAGGAGGAACAACUAGUAACAACGAUCCAAAGCAACCAUAAUGAUAGCCUGGGGGAAAGUUCAAUAUCAUAUGGUCCUGCCAUCGUAACACAACAACCAGCACGUGAUGCAGAAGCAAAAGAUUUCAUAACCCAUCCUUUCUCUGGAACAGUGGUGGUCGUGAUAGUUUUUAGUGUAAUAGCUGGUAUCGUUGGAGUCAUCCUCUUAACAUCAUUGUUGGUUCGCCGGCUGACAAGGAAAAAAUCAUUCAACCUGAAGAACAAGGACACGAGUACCCCCUUAAAGUUCUUUUGAGACAGAAAAAGCAGAAAAGCAACAUGUAAAAACAUCCUCCCAAAACGACUUGAAAAGAAGACUGUGAAUGAUUCUGUGGAAAAGUUGCUUUCUCAUGAUAAUAGAAAGCAUCUGCCUGAAUUGGAGACAAUGUCAGGAGGUA